UGUCCGCAGUCUCUGGUCAUCUCCUGUACUAUGUCUGCAGUCUCUGGUCAUCUCCUGUACUGUGUCCGCAGUCUCUGGUCAUCUCCUGUACUGUGUCCGCAGUCUCUGGUCAUCUCCUGUACUAUGUCUGCAGUCUCUGGUCAUCUCCUGUACUGUGUCCGCAGUCUCUGGUCAUCUCCUUCUCUGUGUCCGCAGUCUCUGGUCAUCUCCUGUACUGUGUCCGCAGUCUCUGGUCAUCCCUACUAUGUCCGCAGUCUCUGGUCAUCUCCUGUACUGUCCGCAGUCUCUGGUCAUCUCCUGUACUGUGUCCGCAGUCUCUGGUCA